AUGAUCACGGGACGUUAUGCUCUGGCGCCCGUUUCGGAGUCAAAGUUGAAUUCCAAUAACUUCAGCCAGAACUGUAUCCGUUCGUUCGCAGGUGACACGAAAGACUUCAAACACCGGACUAAUCACCACAAUAUGACCUUGAGGAGAUCCAUGACUGUUGGACUUGGGGAGGAGGACCUUGUCUAUAAAAGGGCCAGAACGACCCCGAGACAAGAGAAGGCUAGAAUUCUCAAGAUGAGGCUCCAGCUUGCCUACUACAAGGUCAAAACUAACCAGACCGAUGUUCCGAUCCAUCGCUUGAGGUUUCCAAAAGAAGGUGACAACAACUUGACCGGAACGCACUCUUCUCCUCAAUCUCCAACCAGGGGUGCUGCUGAGAGUGGAAAAGGCAUGGAUGCCUUGUCUGAUCUCUUGGCAGCUUCUUCUCCUCUUUUGAAAAAGAGCUCUCACAAGCUCCACAGAAAGGCGAAUACAAUAAGUGUGUCGCGAAACACGGGCUUGCCUCCAACAUUUGAGGAGUCAGUGCUAAGGAGAAGUAACGUUUCACGGACUUUAAAUUCUAGAACACAACGCCACGGUAAGCUUGAAAAUGUUGUUGCAAGAAGAUCUUCUCGCAUCUCCCAGCAUUCAGCAUUCAAAAGGUCCGAGCACAUAACUAAUGGUUCGAGAAGAAUUGGUUUGACGCUUCCUACACCGUUCCUUCACCAAAGUUUUUCAAGCAAGACUUCCCCUUCAAGAUUCGUAAUAUCUCCGAAUUGUGCGACAACUCACACGGGUAAAGAUAACUUCCUUCUUCCAGGGGUCAGUUCCACACUACCACCAAUUCCUGUUUCACAGUUAAGCGACACUAGGAGUGCCAGACCUGCCAGACAACUAAAUUUGCUUAAUUCGGAAGGAAAUGCAACAUGCCACCAAAAGCAGCAUUCUGCGAGCGAGGUCUUGCAUUAUAAGGAUAUUGGACAGGAUGCGGAUGCAACCAUACCACAAAACACAUCAUCACUCAUAAUGUCCACUCCAACAAAAAUCCCAAAGAUAGUCCCUACUUCAAUUCUGGACAAGGACAAAGCGGUCGAUCAGGAUGAAACUCAGAUUCAAUCACCAUUACGUGUUUUGUCAACUCCUUCUUCAAUAGGGGCCGCUAAGUGUCUGCUACAGCUAGCUCGCAGAUAA